UGUGUUACUGCAGAGAGUCUCCCCCUUCGGGGUCUUUUUGUGCAGGUCGCAGAGUAGCAGAAAUUCGGAUUCAGGAUCUGCUUCAGCUGCCCGGUGGGGGGCUUUGGGCAAAGGCUGGAGGGAAGUGCCGCUGGUGGCAAGGAACCGGAUGGCCUCGUUCCAGGGGGACUGUAUCAUGGCCUGGAACUGGCUGACCAUCUCAGCCCGCUGAGCCUACCUGGCCUUGCAUUCCCGCAGGUCUUCCCUCUGCUUGGAAAGCCUAUGCUUGUAGUCCUCAGUGAGGUGCUUCUGCUGAGCCUCCUUCUCAGUCAGAGUUGAAUUGAAUCUCAGUCAAUUUGAACUGAGCCAGCUGUUUAGCCAACUCUUUCUCCUGGUGGCAGCUUAGCUCCAACAACUGCUUCCUGUUGGGGCCCUAAGGAGCCCGGGCGGGCAGGCGAGGAGAAGCUGGGAGGGGAGGGGUGAGUAGAGGUCAGCGAGGCGCCCCUCAACGUGAGUGACAUUGAGUUGGCCACGCCCACCCAGUCACGUGGCCACCUAGCCACGCCCACCCAGGCGGUCAUUAGGCAGAUCAUAUUAGUGGUCCAUGGGAUUUAAAAUUAUGAAUGUAGUGGUCCUUGAGAUCCGAAAGGUUGGGGACCCAUGUUCUAGUCCAACUCCCAGCUCAAGCAGGAGACCCUAUCCAUUUCAGACAAAUAGCUGCCCAGUCUCUUCUUAAAAACCUCCAAUGUUGGAGCACCCACAACUUCUGUAGGGAAGCCGCUCCGUUGGUUUAUAGUUCUCACCGUCAGAAAAUUCCUCCUUAGUUCUAGGUUGUUUCUCUCCUCGAUAAUGUUCCAUCCCUCACUUCUUGUCCUGCCUUCAGGUGCUUUGGAAAACAAGUUGUCUGUGUCAGCCCCUCAUAUGUUGGAAGAGUUUCAUCAGAAAGUGGCAACAGAGAGACGGGACUGAGAACAAGCAACAGCAAUGAUAUUGGAACAUUUGAAAAGAAGGGUAAAUGUGAUGAAGGAGAGGCUUGUUUACAUGAAGCCUAGGUCCUCCAUACCCCUUGGGUCACCCAAAGACAAGGAAUUUCAUUCCUUCUUCAGUAAGUUCUUCACUAAAAGCCACUGUAGCAUUUCAAGGGCUGAACGUCUGUUCCUGGAAAAUGGAAUUUCAAACACCGGAAAGUGGAAAAUGCACAUAAAGGGUUUUUUCUCCCAGAGAAAAGCCACUGGAUGGCCUCAGACGCUCAGAAAUAUAUAGCUAAACACUACUUUUUCUGUUUGGGAGCACCAAGAUAUCCCUCAGCUUAAGUCAACUUUAAAGUCACGUGGUCAAGCCCUUUUCGGCCACGACGGAGGCAACGUGUAUGGUUUGAAUUAUGUGAAACCGAGCUCCUGUUCCUUAAAGAACUGUAGGUCUUCUGUAAGCCUCACAGCUGGGUAAUUGAAAAACGUCACCCGCUACAGGAAGUGGAGCCGUGGAAAUCAUCUGCCGUGCGUGCGAGCAGCCGUUAUCUUUCAAUCUCACCAGAAAGGAAGUGUUGAUCUGUCGCAUCUUCCGAGCUUUUUCCUUCGCAGCCUCCUGCACCCUGAGCCGCUACUGAACCGUCUCCAUUCCAAGCCAGCAGUUUGGUGAUGCCGCAAGAAGACACCGAGAACCACAGAAGAAUGCAAGCUCCCGUGGGGCCCACCGCCCUCCUAAAAAUGCUCCCACAUAACAUGACCUGGAUGAAAUACCCAACCCUGAGCAAGGAUCCCUCCACCAACUUCCAAGAGAUUAUGUUCGCGCAACAAGUCAUAUCAAGGUUCAUGCACGUUUACAUCGCUGUGUUUGUGCCGACGGGUUUAUUAGCCGGCAUGGCUACCCUGAGCAUUUGCAUCCAGAAUUAUCGAAAUCAUGUCCUGGACAAAUUAGACAUCUUGUUUUUAUCCCAGACAAUUGUCAACCUCUUUGUCAUCCUUCUAUCGCUCACCAUUGCCGUGCGGCCAGCUUAUCUCAAACUGUCCUACUUCGGGUGUGGGGCGCUGUCGUUCUUCUUCAACCUGGGUUACUUCUCUUCCCAGUUCCUCCUCCUCUUAAUCAUUCUGAACCUUUUCCUUGGGAGGCACCCGCCACAAAAUGCUCUAAUCGGCACGGCGCACCAAAGGCCAAAGGCCUGUGUCGGUUUUGUCCUAGUGUGCGGUUUCUGCGCCGCCUUGAUGCUGAGCGGGCUGCUCGGCAUCGAACAUUACCAGGAGGAAACGGACUGCCAGCUGGAUCCCUUGUUUGCCUGGCCCGAAUACGAGAUCAUUAAAUUUGCCUUGGGGUUCUGCGCACCGUCGUUGGCCGAGCUCCUCUUCUCCAUUCUAGCAUUUGUGAAAAAGACGCCGGCGGGUCGAUAUUCUUCGAGAAAAAACAGCCAGCCGCUUUGGGCCGUUUUGGCCAUCGCAGCGAGCAUGUUGUUGUGCCGUCUGUUUUAUAACGCCCUGAUCCUGGCUAGGACCAGCUUGAAGAUAAAGGGAGAGGCAGGGACGGUUCGGAACGAGCUGAUCAUGAAUAUCUCGGAGGUGGUUUUGUUCAGUGAAAGCUGCGCCAGUUUGGUGCUUGUCCUCUUCCUGCAUCACCCCUACAGGACCGCCCUGCUGAAUACGCUUAAAAACCUCACGAGGGGUUGCAGGAGGAGACGGGAUGCCAACCGGGCCCUUGAAAUCCAAGACAAUCAAACUGGACUUUCCGAAAUGCGCUGACACGAUUGUCCAAGAUGCUAAGACUUGGAAGAACUGCGUGUCAGCGGACGUCUACCAAAACCAGAAACUGAUUUUUCCUGAUUCGUCAGCUGCGGGGAAAAAUACUGAUGUUUUUCUCAAGGGGGUACACCUUGAUGGUAUGAGGACUACCCUCCCCAUAACUCUGCCCGGGUUUCAUGCCAGGCUGGUGUUUUGUUCCUAUAGGCCUGGAUCGAUGGACGGUAGGCCGGGCAAUUAUCUGAACAAACAGGACUUUGGAAGAAAAGAAAAGAAAAAAAUCUGCCUUCGUUUCAUUUCUGUGUAAUCGGGAUUUUUUAGGGGGAGUGCAGGUGGGAAGGUGAGUUUUUGAAGUUUACAAAAGGGCUUUUUUCCCCCAGGAUCAGCAAGAGGAAAUAAUGAAAGUGUAAGUGAAAGGGACGGCAGACCUCAGAAAGAGAAAGGGGAUUCCCUAAAAGUGACCCCCCCCCUUUUAAAAUCUUGUGAUUGAGAAGGGGCAACCACCAGCGGGAACUCUCUAGAACAGGGGUCUCCUACCUUGGAAACUUUAAAACUUGUGGACUUCAACUCCCAGAAUUCCUCAGCC